AACGCCGAUAUCAUGGCGAUCUCCGUAUUGCGUUCAGACUGUUUCCUCUCGCAGUUUCAGCUCGCCUUUGUCCGCCCUUUCCGUAGUCUCGAUCUCAAACCCUCAUAAACAUGUCCUGGCAAGCAUACGUAGACAACAAUCUCGUUGGCACCAAGAAGGUGACUCACGCCGCGAUCUUGGGAAAAGCUGGAGGUGUAUGGGCUAAAUCUGCAGGGUUCACGAUCUCAACGGAGGAGCAGAAGGCAAUCAUCGCUGCGUUCACGAACAAAGAGAAAGUUCAGGCCUCUGGCUUCCGCGUCGCUGAUCAGAAAUACUUCUUCGUAUCGUCGGAUACCUACGCAGAUGAUCCGAACCUUAUUGUCGUACAGGGCAAGAAAGGGGGCGAUGGUGCUGUGCUAGCGCAAACGAAACAAGCUGUCCUUGUUGCUACAUACGUUCUGCCUCAGACAGCUCAAGAGGCAGGCAUGACAGUCACCGGCGUUGGAUCAUACCUCGCUGGUCAAGGUUACUAGCCUCCGUUGGGAGAUGAUCGCAGGGGAGAAAGAAGAUCCAAGGUGUGCUAUUAUGUAAUCGUACAGCUCAUAGAUCCAAUGCAAUUUACUGGAUCCAUUUCAAAGUCA